CUCGCCCAACUUCUCUACUGCAGUUCAGAGGCUGCUAUUCUCCAGCUUUGUGACGACUAUGCAGCUGCUGAACGUGAGUUUUUUCGACCGAAACCCAUGGUUUUUCCCGCUAUGUGCCUGAAUUUCUACCAUAACGGAAAGAUCCACCUGAUGGAAGAGCUGUGCGUGUUUAGCUUCAGCCAGGAGCUGGAGUACUGGGGCAUCAAGGAGCUUCACCUGGACUUGCUGGCAGCAAACAGGUUUCAAGAACAGAAAGAGUAUGCAGGAGAUCACGACUGGGAAAACGAGGAUGACCCACAAAACCAGCUGCACAGCUUAGAUUCAUCUAUGGAGGAACUAUCUGCGUUUGACAAAGACCUUGAAAAGUUUGAGGGCACCUGGUGCUCCGAGAAGCGUAAGGAACUCUGGCUGCGACUGGAAAACCCGGGAUACUCGUGCUCUGCGAAAGUAACUGCAGUGUUUUCGCUGAGUGUGGUACUGAUGAGUAUCAUAGCCAUGUGCGUUCACAGCAUGCCCGAGUUCCACCAGGUGGACAUUAAUGACAAAGAAGUAGAGAACCUCGUGUUGAAAAAUUUCGAGACCUUUUGCGUCCUCUGGUUCUCUUUUGAGUUCAUCCUACGAUUAGCAGUCACACCAUGUUUGUGCAAAUUCCUGAGCAAUGCGCUAAACAUCAUUGAUUUCGCCUCUAUUAUUCCAUUUUAUGCCACUUUGGCAUUUGAAACUGUUGAUGCUGAGGAAAGCGAGGAGCUUGUGAACGUGGGAAGGGUGGUGCAAAUCCUGCGCCUCAUGCGUAUCUUUCGCAUCCUCAAACUGGCACGGCAUUCGGUUGGGCUGCGUUCGCUUGGUGCGACUCUCCGUCACAGCUACCAUGAGGUCGGACUCCUCAUCCUCUUCCUUUCCGUCGGAAUCUCCAUUUUCUCAGCACUCAUCUAUUUUGUGGAGAGAGAGAACGCUGAGUCAGAACUGCAGACCAUACCGGUGGGCUGGUGGUGGGCGACGAUCACCAUGACCACGGUGGGAUACGGCGACACGUAUCCCGUCACGCUGGCUGGGAAACUAAUCGCCACCUUAUGCAUCAUUUGUGGCCUGCUUGUAGUCGCCCUUCCGAUCUCUAUUAUAUUCAACAAGUUCUCCAAGUACUACCAGAGACAGAAAGCCCUGGUGGAGUCCGACCAGCUCCAUCAGGAAGACGAAAAACUGCCAAAUCUCAGCAUGCCUUUACUUUACAUAGGAGACCUCUACGGACAAAAGAUGAAUACUCUGGUGUGCAGUGAGUCCUCAGUAGGGAGCGCAGGGAGCGAGGGAGAUAUCACUGAUGCUUCCAGCAUUCAAGAUGUUGAAAUUGACUGCCCUACUCGGAUGCCACAGGCCCAAAAAGCCACAUAGAUCAGGGCACCUCAAAUCCAGUCCUAGAGGGCCACUGCCCUGCAGAGUUUAGCUCCAACCUUGAUUAAACUUACUUACCUGUGAUUUUCUAUGGAUCUUGAAGACCUUGAUGAGCUUUCUCAGUAGUAUUUGAUCAGGUUUGCAGCUAAACUAAGCAUGGCAUUGGCCCCUCCAGGGCAAGAUUUGAGGAACCCUGGCACAAAAGCUAAUAUGCACAACCUUAUACCUCGAUUAGGGAUCUGAAGAAACAAAAAUAAACUUCCUUGCUUAGAUCUGCAGAACAUGUUGAGGAAACACUAGAGGACCCUAUGACUCAAAGCUCUCAUUCCUUACUGAAUGAAUCCUGGACCUUUAGUUCUCAGGGUGAAAAUGUAUCAAGCUUUCUAUUAUUUAUGGAUCAGAACCUUUUAUGGAAACUAAUCCAAACAACAGGUUAGCAUUAAUGCUGAUGCUUUAUACCCAAUUAAAAGCACUGACAUGACUGUUUUUUUUUUUUAAUCCUUUGGACAAGCUGUUUAUUUAAUUACAAGUCUUUCUGCAGGACCCGUGGGAAAAGAACUAUGCUUAAAUGUUUUAUAGGCAAUGACAGCAUCUAAAAUGCUGGACUUCAGAAGGCAUGUUAGUGUACACCAUCCUCCCUAAUGUGUCCAUCAGAGAGGGAAGGAUGGAAAGAGUGCAUGCAUAUUUCAACAAGAGAGAGG